CGGAGUUACCUUUGUUCCGUUUCUUUCCGCUGAUCAAGUAAACCUUUGGGUUAAAUACAUUGCAAAAUAUCGAAAAUCACUUUUCGUUUUGAGGAGAUUUGAUUAAACGUUUUUAUCUAUUUUGAAGCGUUAGUUUAGGAUUUUGCUGGCCCAUUUGGUUCAAGAUAAAAAAUAGUGGUAAAUAUCUGAAAUCGACACAAACAAACGCAGGAAGAGAGUUUAAAUGUUCGCACAUUUUAUAUGAAAUAUUUUGGAUAUAUAACUUCAUGGUUAUUGGAUAGUUUAAAUUAAAUAAAAUUUUAUUAUAAUAUAAAUAAAUAUAUAAAUAAACAAAAUGUUUAAUAGACUAAAAGAUCGAGCUAAAAUUACGGAUCAGGACCCAACUUUUAAAGCCAGAUAUAUAGGAAACGCUGAAACAUUUACCGCUUCCGGUCGAGGCUGCACAACAGCCCUCGUGCAGAAACUCUGGGACAACUCGGAGGAAGAACGCUACCUCAAGCGCGUGCAGCUAAAAAUAACUGUCUUCGGAAUACACAUGAAAAAUUUAGAUAAAAAGAAAGAGCCUGAAAAACUAUUUCCAAUAGAAAACAUCUCUUUCUGUAACGUUGACACGGUGGUGAAUGAAAAAUUAUUUUCCUGGAUUUGUAGUGACAAUGACACAAAAAUGUUAUACUGUCACGCCGUAAUCUGUAGCAGCGGUGAAAAGGCGAAGGCAAUGUCUAUCGUGAUGUCACGCGCAUUUCAAAUCGCAUACAAGGAGUGGAAAUCAUCUCAGAUAAAAGUUCGGCGUCAGAGUGAGAAAUACAGUAGAUCACAGUCCCUACCAGCUUUGAAUCUUAACAAAAAGACGGUUGAACAUCGCCACUUAUCCAAACAACAAAGUGUUGGACAACAAAUGAGCAAUGACGCGAGUAACGUUAGCACGGACACGGACUUAGUGACGUCACCAGAGACGUCACAAGCAACGGAACCGGUUACAAAGUUUUAGGGAAUGAAACAAGCCUGAUUUUAGUUUAAAAAAGUACAGGUUACAAAAAAAUCAAAACAAAAAGGAAGGAUUGGAUUAAAAUCACGAGAAGAACAUUGUAUCACGAGAAAAAAACGUGAUUUUAUAAUAAUCACCAUUUUUUUUCAAACUGAUAAUUGCAUGUAUGUACUUUUUGUAUUAUAUAUAGGGAUAUUUUUCGUUUAUAGUUCACAAAUUAUAACUUUAAAAAGUUCAAAAAUCGUGCCUAGUCACUUCUAGUGAAAAUAUUUUAAGCAAAAAAAAAAAAGAAGACUUAUGUCGAUGUGAAGAACAUUAUACACAAUAAGUAGAUAGACAAACAUACAAGUGACAGCUAUCUAGGGACUGUAUAUCACCACGUUAAGGAUUAUUCAUAAUUUAUUAUAUCUUAUCUUUACGAUCUGGUUGAAAUCAAUAAUACAGGACUGAAAUACCUACUUACUAUAGAUAAUAAAUUUUAAAAUUCUGCAUGUUUGUAACGUCGCUUUUCAUUGGAUAAUCGUGAGGUUUGUAUAAACUAUAUACACGGCUGCUGUAAAUUUAUUAAGCUAUUUCAUUUUUUGUCGAAUAUUUAUUUCUGUAAUCUGAAUUCGCCUCCUUAAAAGUUAUUGGCAGUUAUAUGACCAUAUAUAAACGGUUGUUAAUAUACAUAAAUAACUCUCGCCUAGAAGCUUGGAAACAACAGUUUACAUAAUUAGUAAUCAAGAUUGUUGACAGGUAGGUUAUAUGGCCCUAUAUAACUGUUUAUAUACGCCAUAUAACCUGUCAAAUAUCUUUAUAACGAAUUCAUAAUACUGAAAACUUCCAUUUUGGGGAGGAAAAUGAAAAUUCAUAAUAAAUCGACAGCAGUCGUGUAUAUAGAUUAUUUAUAAUACUGCACGUUUGUAACGUCAUUUUUCAUUGGAUAAUCGUGACGUUUAUAUAGAUUUACAUACACGGCUGCUGUCAAUGCAUGAAGAAAUCUUACUUUUUUCUCUAUAAAUGAUGCUUGCUGUAUUAUAAAUUCGUUAUAAAGAUUGUUGACAGGUUAUAUGGCCGUAUAUAAACGGCUGAUGGCAAUAUAGCCCUUGCCUAACGGCUCGGGUUAUAUUUACAAAUAGCCGUUUAUAAUUUUAUAUAGGGCCAUAUAACCUGUCAACGAUCUUUAUAACUAAUAAUAUAAACGUCAAGAUAAUCCAAUGAAAACCUACGUUAUAUAAAUGGUAAUAAAAACCUAUGAAAAAAUCUUUUUACUGUGUAAGCUAUUACAUAUAUCUUAGUGCCGUUAUCAUCUAACAUUUCUCUAGACAUGUUAAUAAGCUUCCUUGUACAUAUUCUUAAAUAUUUACAAUCAAAUUUUAUUUACA